AACAGUUUUACGAAGCUAUCAACGGCCGUUCCCCGCCCCAACAUGCGAGGGAUAUGGAGCCUAGUGAUUACCCUAGCGGUAAUUGUACAAGUCGCUCUUGUAUCGGGAAAGGCGUUAAUACCACAAAAUCAACAAGCACAGCAACAGUUAGAACAAAAAGAGCAAACCAAUUCUGCACAGAAGCGAGUAGGAUAUGACUACCCUGCGCCACCGGAUGACUUAAUCAAUCCUUUCCAAGAUCACGAUAACUUACAUCAACAUGGCGACCAUCAUGAUGUAAUCGACGAUCACGGUGAUGAUUACCAUGGUCAUGACGAUCACGAUCACGACGAGCACGCUCAUCACUUAGAAGAACAUCACAUUGAAGAGCAUCACGACCAUCACGACCACCAUGAACAUCAUGAUCAUCACGAUCAUCACGACCCUGGCAUUUGGAAGAAGAAGUUGAUCUGGAAACCAGGAUGGAAAAAAAUUUGGAAGUCAGCAAAGAAACAAAUUUGGAAGCCAUCUUGGAAAAAGAUUUGGAAGCCCAUAUGGGUACCUACUAAAGUGCCUGUUUGGAAAGAAAUUAAAGUUCCGGAUUGGAAAAAGGUUUACAAACCAGAAUGGAAACCUAUUAAAGUUCCUGCAUGGAAAGAGGUUAAGGUACCUGAUUGGAAAAAAAUAACAGUUCCUGUUUGGAAAGACAUCGUAGUUCCGGGAUGGAAAGAUAUUCAAGUACCUGCAUGGAAAAAAUUGUGGAAACCAGAAUGGAUAAAAGUGGGAGUACCGGGUGAAAAAUAUUUGGGUAAAGACCAUGAAGGUUGGGAAUACACAUCUCAUGACCUUUGGAAAAAGAAGUUGAUAUGGAAGCCUGUAUGGAAAAAAUACUGGAAACCGGCUAAAAAACAAAUAUGGAUUCCUGAUAAAAAAUUGGUGUGGAAGGAUGAGUGGAAACAAAUAUGGAAAACAGAAAAACAACAAAUUUGGCUUGAUGACAAGAAAUUGGUAUGGAAAGAAGCUUGGCAACAGAUUUGGAAACCUUCGAAGAAACUUAUUUGGGUACCUGACAAGAAAUUAGAGUGGAAGGAAGCUUGGAAACAAAUUUGGGUUCCAGAUUGGAAACAAAUUUGGGUGCCGGGAGUAAAGAAAAUUUGGAGGCCAGUGUGGAUAUCUGAGUGGUUCCCUUCACCUGAUCAUCAUGAACACGUACACAGCUGGGACAGAAAUGAUAACAGCUUAGCUGCUAGUCAAAAAUCCGUGUCAGUACAACCAGCUCCACAGAAAGCUGACACGCAGCAACAACCUUCAGUUUGGCAGUUUCCAAAAUAAUUUAUUUAGAUUAUAAUAUGUAUUUGUCUGUGUUUAAAUUAGAGGAAAAAAUUACCUUUUAAGUGUUGGCUUCAGAAACACUUACAGUGCAAUCAGAGCUCGACACUGAUUAAGAGGAACAAUCGCAUAGAACUCUGCAAAUAGGUAAACACUAUUUUAUAAUAUAAAUAUGUAUUUGCAUUGCGAAUCGAAGUACGAUGCGAUUGUUAAGAAUAGUAUUAAAGGUAAACAAUUAAGAGCUUUAAAAUAUUCUUACUAGAAGUAUUCUUACUAUUUUACUAUCAUUUAUACAAAAUUUUUACAAAUAACGUAGUUGCUGCUUUUAUAAAAUUACUGUUAUACAUUAUUUAAAUUGCCGAAUUGUAAUGAAAGUAUAUUCGGAACAUUUUCACUUUAUAAUUCGGAAUAUUCGAUUUCAUUCCCCAAUGUCUCGAAAUGUUGUUAUCGAAUGCAGUUACAAACGGAAACAAAUGAGCUCAUUUAUGAUUUCAGUUUUUCUCGGAUGCAAUGUUUACCUAUAUUUCAGUUACGACGUUGUAUGACUCUAUCAAAAUAGAUUGGUUUAUGUUGUUAUGGAGAUAAAUUCAAUCAUUUUUACUAAUGGAGCUAUUCUCGUCAUGUCAGGAUAAAACGAAAAGUUUAAUACAAAAGAUUUUUUUUCUUCACUUUGUAAAUCCUGACAACAGUCUGUUUCAUUUGUAUGAUAAUAUGAUAAAUUUAUUGACUGAAUAUAUAAAUAAUAUUCUAGUUAUAGAGAUGUUUUACCCACUGAUGCUUUGUUAUGUUGAUUUUGUAGAUUGUUAAGUUUAUAUUUAGUUUAAGCAGUUAGUUGAUAUAGCGGAACCAAUGAAAUAAAUAAUAAGGUUUUGUUUAAAUGA